AUGAAAGUAAAGCUGUUACUUCAUCUUAUUUUCCAAGGAUUUCUCCUAUAUGAGACUUUGGCAUGGGAAGUGAGGGUGCCAAAGGAAAUUCAUGGUCUCAAAGGUUCAUGUCUGGUUAUACCAUGUUCCUUCUCCUACACAUCGUAUCCACCCACCAACCCAAACAGAGUUGUGUGGUAUCAGUGGGUCUCUAGUGGUUACCCUUUAGUUUAUGAUCACGAAUAUCCAUCUUAUGUAAUUGACAAGUUCAAAGGAAAAACUGCUUUAUAUGGUAAACCUUCAAAUAGAGACUGCAGUCUUCUCAUUACACAUCUGGAUCAAUCCCACCAUGGAGAGAAAUUAUAUGCAUGGAUUGACCCAGACAGUAUUGGAUGGCGCACAUACAAGUUUUAUGAUGUCACAUCCACGAUUCUUGUGGACGCAAGCCCACAGAAGCCCACCAUCAAUGUUCAUGGAGGCGCAAUGACCGGUGACACCAUAACAGUGACAUGUGAAACCUACCACACCUGUCCGUACAGCAAACCAAACAUCAUUCUGAAGGGUAUAGAAGGAUCUGAUAAAACAGAUCAAACAGAUCAUCCGUAUAUUGGAAAUGGACAAUGGAAAAUCACUCUGACACGCACGGGUGUCGUGAAGGCUGAGCACUCGGAUAUCGAGUGUAUAGUGACACAUUAUGAAGGGAAAACAGCAAGAGCUACAAAAUCACCAAGUGCAAAAUGUAUCCAUACUAAAAUAGCCAUUGAGCCUGACCGUGCAGAUGUCAUAGAGGGCGUUUCAAAGAAGUUCACAUGUACCAUCGACCAUUCCUGCCUGAAGAAUCCUCCAACCAUAUCAUGGAACUAUAAGAACAUGGAGGUCUCAAACAGUAACAAAAAACUUUCAGAGUUCAAAUCAGCCACCUCUUCCACCAUAACCUUUGUUAGUACAAAAGAACACCAUGGAAAGAUGUUGAAAUGCAGUGCAAAUAUUUCGGGGAAACCCAUUGAAUCAUCUGUUACUUUACAUGUACAACAUUCUUCUACAGAUCCUCCAAAACCAGCGAUUCCUGUCCAGAAUCCAAGUAUAUGUGUUGUAUUUGUCUUGAAGCUAUUCACAUACAUUAUAAUGACCAAUGCUGAAGUGAUGACCUUUGACUGGAAGACCACUGGGCUUUACAUCAUAGUCCCCUCAUCAGUUAUCUUGCUUCUCAUGUGCACACUUGCUGGAGUCUGUACAUACAAGAGACGUCACAGGUCAGAAGAUGUGUAUGCACAAUCAGCCAAAAAGACUUUCUCUAAACCUCAUAUGCCAUCACCAAAGAGUAAGCGAAAAUCCUGCUCUAUUGAAGAUUACGAAGAUUAUUACACCAAUAUUGAAGACCUCAACACGUAUGCACUGUUUGAUGAGUCAGGCAGUAUUCGCAAGCCUCAUGGUUCAGGUCCCGCUUCUGCCGAGGCAGUGCGGGGUCUGCAGUCAUGGGGUUCGCAGAUGGAUAUUUUGGAGGGUGAGACGACUUCGGUCCUUUCUCAUCCCUCAAAUCCCAUUGCUUCCGGAAAGGGUUUGGGAGCCCGCAUGGUGGCUUCUCCCGCCCCAUCUGGAAGCUCUAUGCACUGCUCUAGCUCUGAGGAGUGA